UGGGGGCGGUUCCGGUUCCGGUUCCGGCGCCGCUCGGGCCGGGGGGGCCGCGCCGCCAUCGCCGCGAUGCCGAAAGGUAGAAAAGGAGGCCACAAAGGCCGGGCAAGGCAGUACACGAGUCCUGAGGAGAUUGAUGCCCAGCUCCAAGCAGAAAAGCAAAAGGCAAGGGAAGAGGAGGAGCAAGAAGAAGGAGGAGAAGGAGCAACAGGGGACCCUAAAAAGGAGAAGAAAUCUUUAGAUUCGGAUGAGAGUGAUGAAGAUGAUGAGGAUUAUCAGCAAAAGCGCAAAGGAGUGGAGGGGUUGAUAGACAUAGAGAACCCCAACCGUGUCAUUCAGACAACCAAAAAAGUCACUCAGCUGGACCUGGAUGGACCCAAGGAGCUCUCAAGACGAGAGAGAGAGGAAAUAGAGAAGCAAAAGGCAAAAGAAAGAUACAUGAAAAUGCACCUAGCUGGGAAAACAGAGCAAGCCAAGGCAGACCUGGCCCGAUUAGCCAUCAUUCGGAAGCAAAGGGAAGAAGCUGCCAGAAAGAAAGAAGAAGAAAGAAAAGCAAAAGACGAAGCGGCCAUGGCAGGUAAAAGACUGCAGUCACUAUCCCUUAACAAGUAAGCACAGGCCAUGCAAGAGGAGGAAACACCAGGGAACUGUGCCUGGUCCUGCCAGGAGCUCUGCCUUCCAUCGCUGCCACGCAGGGCACCCUGCAGCAUUGACCUCACCUCCACCUCCAAGAGACACUGACGAUGUGUUUGUCCUCAUCCUGGCACAGAUUUCCAUUUGGGGUUAGGGGCAGCUGCUCUCUGCAGUGCAGAGCUGUGCUGGACAGCAAUUCCCUGUAACAGUUUGGAAACAUGAAUGUUUUUGCUGUUUUUAGGAUCAAGAAGUCGUAGACGGUGGGAGGGGGGCAGGGUGGGAGGGAGC